AUGGGAAUCUGGAAUAACUAUGAAAAACACACUGAAAUAAUUGUGUUUGACUGGAACAAAAUUCUUGCAAAGUCCCCAAGGAUGAGAUUCUGUGCCAAAUCAAUGCUUCUGUCUGACUGGCUCUUUCUGGUCUAUGUGUUAAUGGUCUGCUGUAAAUUGUUGUCCGCCUCUAGUCACCAUCCCCGGGGGCACACAGGCCAGCACCAAGUGAAGCAGGGGACGUGUGAAGUGGUGGCCGUGCACCGGUGCUGCAACAAGAACCGGAUCGAGGAGCGAUCCCAGACGGUGAAGUGCUCCUGCUUCCCGGGACAGGUGGCCGGCACCACACGGGCUCAGCCCUCCUGCGUGGAAGCUUCCAUUGUCCUGCAGAAGUGGUGGUGUCACAUGAACCCCUGUUUGGAUGGAGAGGACUGUAAAGUACUACCAGACUAUUCAGGUAACACGGUAGCAAAGGCUAAACCUGAGGGUCACUCCCAGAACUAUGGCAUGUAG